AUCUUCAUGUACUAAUACAAUUUUGUUAUUUUAUAUUUUAGUUUUAAAUUCAUUGUAUGUAACAAGUAUCGAUACUAGAUUUAGUAUUGCAAUAACCCAUUUGUAAUGUGUAAACCAAAAUUUUGUUGAUAUUUCCUAAACAUGGCUUUGCCUCCGGGAUGGAAAAGAGAAGAAGUUGUAAGACAGUCGGGUUUAUCUGCCGGAAAAACAGAUGUUUAUUAUUUCACGCCAGAUGGUAAAAAGAUUCGGAGUAAACCACAGUUAGCCAGAAUUCUUGGUGAAGCCUUUGAUUUAAGUGCAUUUGAUUUCCGUACUGGACGUACAGUGUACAGUGCUUGUAGAAAAAGUAAACGUCAAAAAGGUUCCUCCUAUGACUUUGCUAGAGGUGUGCGCCAUGAUGCCAGUCUUGUACUACCUAUUAGACAAACAGCUUCCAUUUUCAAACAACCUGUCACAGUUAUAAGGAACAGACAAGAGAGUAAAUCUAAAGGUGAACUCAAGCAUGGAAUUCAGGAUCAGCCCAAGCAGAUAUUUUGGGAGAAACGUCUCCACGGUCUUCAUGCUUGUGACAGUAGUGAAGAAGUUAUACCAUCUAUGGAACUACCCAAACAAAUGCAGAGUGUUGGUCCAGAGCUGUCCACAGAGAAUGUUUUACAGAGUAUUUCUGCAGCGUUACAUAUAAACACAGGACCUGUGGUUGGGCAGGGUGCCAGCAAACAAGCCAUCAUGAAGAAUCCAAGCAUCAACAUGGACACUCAGCAACCCCACAUUCAGCAGGUUUUGGUAUCAUCUGAUGACAUCCAUAGACAAGAACAACGUGUUCAGCUAGCUCGACGUAGACUUCAAGAUUUGAUUCAGUCCUUAGAGUAAUCGUCUUUAAAGAUUUUCUUGUAUGUCUUGGUAAAUUUACAAAAACAUUGUUUGACAUAGCCAGUUCAAGUGAAACUGGUCAAUUGUAUUUAUUUAAUCCUAUAUUAAAAGGCUUAUUCAUUAUGUUUUCAAAAUGAAGUAACAAAGAAAUCUGAAAUUUGUUGUAAUGGAUUAUCUUUUGUGCGUGUUUUAUUUUCAUGAUGAUAUAUAGAUCCAUGUGAAUUGAUUCUUAAUUUGACAUGAUGAAAUUAAUUUUAUUUUGAAAUGAACUAAUGUCAAGUUGUUUAGUUUCAUAUAAUUAUGAACAGUAAAGUCGAAACA